CGCGUCCUGUCCACUCCCACAUGAUAAUCACAAGCUUGUUCAGGAACCAAUAGGCACCCGGAGAAACCUCGUCGCCUGGCAAAACGGGCCGGAUUGGCUGUACAGGACUGGCUGAUCAUAUCAUCUGCAUCUUCGACCGUGGGCUUAGCUCCGAUCCCACUGGAUGGACCGGAUUAGAUUACAGAGAAGGUCGCGGGCCGACUCAUCCUGGGCCGGGAGAUGGAUGGAUCGAUAAUCGCAUCGUUGCCUGGGAUUCGUUCAAGAUAAUGGAUCAUGAACGUUUGGAAGUGUCAGCUGUGCUGGGAAUUCGGAAUCAAGUUCCCGGCAUGGAAGGAAGAAAGGGAAGGAGGCGCCGAGAGCGCCAUCCUGCAUGGAACUUCCUCCAUGGUUCAUCCGAAAAUCUGACCUUCCCGUGGGGGUGGAUCUUGCAUCUCCCGGCUCGUCCGCUGGAUUUGAAAAGAAAAAACAUCCCGUUUUUCUCCGUUCGCCCCAAAGAAGCGCUGACAGACCGCGGAUGACUAACGCGCGAGGGAGAACUGCGGAGGUCCCG